AUGCUGACACUGGCAAGCAAACUAAAGCGGGAUGAUGGUCUCAAAGGGUCCCGGGCGUCAGCCACGGCCUCCGACUCCACUUGGCGGGUUUCUGUGCGAGACAGGCUGCUUGUUAAAGAGGUUGCAGAACUUGAAGCUAAUUUACCUUGUACGUGUAAAGUGCAUUUUCCUGAUCCAAACAAGCUUCAUUGCUUUCAGCUAACUGUCACCCCAGAUGAGGGUUACUACCAGGGCGGAAAGUUUCAGUUUGAAACUGAAGUUCCAGACGCGUACAGCAUGGUGCCUCCCAAAGUGAAAUGCUGGACCAGGGUCUGGCACCCCAACAUCACAGAGACGGGCGAGAUAUGUCUCAGUUUACUGAGAGAACAUUCGAUUGACGGCACAGGCUGGGCCCCUACGAGGACACUGAAGGAUGUUGUUUGGGGAUUAAACUCUUUGUUUACUGAUCUUUUGAAUUUUGAUGAUCCACUGAAUACUGAAGCUGCAGAACACCAUCUGAGGGACAAGGAGGACUUUCGGAAUAAAGUUGAAGACUACAUUAAGCGCUACGCCAGAUGA